AUGAUCCAACCCUGCCAGGAUUUCAGGGUCUGUACGUCGCACAAAUCAUUUUCAUUUACCUUUCGAGGUGUGCUGUAUCCUUGUGCACUCAUUCGCUGGUUUUCGACCAUCGGCGAUCGACCAUGCCCUGAAACCGGUAUGUGGAUGGUCGAGCCAGAACUUGACGCCGACAGUGGAGAACGCCUCGUUUCAGUUGUUCAUCUAGAAACCAUCAUGCGACCAGCACACUUGAUCCCCGUUUAUGGUUCACAUUUACUUCCUUGUGAUAUCACUCAUUCGGAUUCUUUGAUGGCAUUUGAAGUGUUUUACAUAAACAAGUAUUCGGAUUAUCACACAUUUGAAAUUGCGUAUUGA